GGAUUUUGUGUUAAUAUUGUGUAUUUUAACUUUGUUAUAUUAUUUAUUAUCUACUAUUGUAAUGAUGGAAUUUGUUAUCGUUUUGAUAUUUUGUGUGGUUCUUGUGAUUGCUGUAAUGGUAAUUGGUUCCGGAAUGGGGAAAGCUACUUCUUCGCAGCGUCAGAUGGACAUCAUUAACGUCGCUCAGAACUUAUAUGUUUUAAUUAGGAAAGGCGACUUGAAGAAAUGUGACGUUACGCAGACGACCGCGUUUCUUCUCAACAUCGCAAAGUCAACUGUUCUCAAGUACUACAAGAAAGACAUUGAAGAAGUUUCAACACCAGGAAAAAAGAGGAAAAAAAGGCCACAGGAAGGAAAGUCACUUGACACAGUCGACGAUUUCACAGUAAAUGCAAUCAGGAAUGCAAUUUACAGGAUGUACGCUGAAGGUUUGAAUGUUACAGUCGACACCAUUUUGAAAGAAAUCAGGGAAAGACAAAUAGAUUAUUAUGGUGGAAGAUCAAGUCUUCAUAAAUUGUUAAAGAAGAUGGGAUUUUCAUGGACAACUGUUGAUGGACGAAAAGCUUUGAUAGAGAAUGAAAACAUAGUAUUGAAGCGAAUAGAUUUCUUGAGAAAGUAUAAAGAAGAAAAAGAAAGAGGUGCCAAUUUCAUAUUUGUUGAUGAAACAUGGAUUUUCCAGAGAGGAACUGUAUCAAAGUCAUGGCAGGACAAGAGUCUACAAUCUGCGAAGAGACGUACUGUUGGAGAUGGUAAAAGGUUUAUUGUUGUUAAUGCUGGAGGGCGCACUGGCUUCGUGCCAGGAGCAGGAUUACUUUUUGUUUCAGGUCAGAAGACUGCAGACUACCAUGGCGAGAUGAAUGGGGAAACUUUCUUGAUGUGGUUUGAAGACAUGUUGGUGCAUCUGGAGGAACCCAGUGUCAUUAUAAUGGACAAUGCUUCAUAUCACAGCACCCAGAUGGGCGAGGUGUGUGGAUCACGUGGAGAAGCUAAUUCAAGCAGACUGGGAGAGAGAAGUCCACAUAGACAGCGGCACCAUUCCUCCACUCAUCAUCCACCUCGGCGAGGAUAGUUCAAGUGAAGACAGUGACAGCGAAGAAUUUGAGGUUACGACACAGCAAGUAGAUGGAGACAGUGAAGUACUGGCAGUUCCUCAUGAUGAUUUACCCGGGUGUUCUUAUUGAGGUCUGUAUGUAAUAAACACCUGGGCAACUGUAAGUAUUGGGGUUUGAAACAUUUUUUUUUCUUUUAUGCAUUCCCAUUAAGUAUGUUGAUUACUGGAACUUUAUGUAUUAACUUUAUAUUACACAUAUUAUAAAAUUAAUAAUAAAUUUCAUUUCUGGAUUCGUAUAGGUGUAUGUGAAACAUUUUAUUUUGUUGUGUCUCUUCAUUUUUCAGUGAACUUACUUGGAAAACAAAAAGCCAGUCCCCAUCCAGGGCCACAAAUAAAUAAUGCAUAUAAGUGGUAUAGAAAUUACUGUCAAUUCUUUACCACAAUUUUACUGUUCAUAAAAUUAUGAUUUUGUCUAAUAAGUAUACUCAGGAAAAUGUAUAUAACCAUAUUUUUAUUUGUGGCCUUAACCGGCAAAAUGGUAGGGGUUUAUUAAAUAAAAGAAGAAAAUUCAUUUUUAAAUGUUUUCAUCUGAAUUUGUUAAUUUUAUUAAACCUUCAAUCCUUAGUCUUUUCCAGAUUGCUUAGAUGGACAGCCAUAUGUAUAAUUUACAAUACUUUUUUUUUCAGAUGCAGAAAACUGUGUUGAACUGUACUAAAGGAUGAUAU